UUGGCUCAAAAGAGCUUCAACAAGCUGUAGAUAGCUUGGGCAGACCUUGAUAUUUCGCGUUAUCUUUCCACUUCCUUACCGUUUGGUCUGUUUGAUGGCCAGGAUCCUGAUUGCAGUGUUGUUUCAAAUUCUCGUCGAAGGCGCAUGCGGUGCACUUGGUACAUGCGAUGAUCGGACGCAGACAUCCGUUGGUCGGAAGUUGCUGCAGACAGCCGUCACACAGACCUCAGAGACAGCUGAGACCGAGCUGACUGACUUCAACUUGAGCGACCGACUUCAAUCGAAAGCCGCGCUGAUCCAACGUGCUCGUGGCAGCCAUCGCCAUGCGGCGAAAAGCUUGGACACCGCUGUGGCUUCAAAGGCUUUUGAUUGGGUGGACGAUGUUGUUGAUGCCGUGGUGGAUGCAGCCAACACGGUGGCCGACUAUGGAGCUCAAAUUGGUAACGAGCUUGCAGAUGUGGGCAUGAGUGUCGGCAGUGUGGCUGGGAACUUGGCCUUGGUGAUUGGCAAAUCUAUCGUGCGCACAGCAGAGCAAAGUUACAAGGCGGUCCCCAGUCAGAUCAAAGCGGCUGCUGGCUCGUUGGGCAGCGCCGUGCUAAGCACUGGAGCUCUAGUGGCAAGUGUUGGGCAGGCUGCGGCCAAGGCUACCGCUAAGCUUUCGCAACAGGGACUGCAGAUUGCACAGCACAGCCUGGAGCAAGGUGUCAAAGCAGCCUCAAAAGUAGGGCAGGAGAUUGCCAGCCGAGCCACUGACUUGGGGGAGCUUGCCACGAAGCUUGGGCCGCUGGCAACAGGCUUAGCAGCCGCAACCUGGGAGGCAAUCAAAGACAUGAUCGGGUGCUUUUUCAAUUAUUACUCAUCAAUGUGCACACUUUUCUUGGAUGAUGUGUGUGAUUGCGAUGCCGGGAGCAGUCUGAGCCUGUCCACCUCUGGCAUUUCCGUGAACUGCAUUUUUAAGGCUGGCGGCUUUACCCAGGGCUUUGGGUUAUCUGCCGGGGGGCAGUUUUGGGGAGGCAGACGAUGCAAGCGGCCGCAUGCAGCUACCAGGCACCUCUUUCAGCCAAGCGCGUCGAAGUUUGUCGGAAGACUUGAAAGCAAAAAAGACUUUGCGGCAAAGCCUGGCUCCAGCGCCAGACGGCGCUUGCAGUGGCAACAUGAACCUCUCCUUGGAUGGAUUGGUGCAGUUUGAUCCUUCCGUGGAGAUUAGCCUGGAUGCAAGCGGCAAAACCGUGGUGGGAGUUAGUGGCAUCGUUCGGGUGAGUGCAGAGGCACUGGUGGAGGCUGAAGGUUCCUGUGCCUUUGAAGCAGAGCGGCGAUUUCCAAAGCGCCCUAUCACAAAGGUUUUUUGCGCUGGGCAUGUUUGUGUGGCGCUGCUUCUGCAGAUGCUUGCAGAGAUGGAGGUGGCUGGCACUAUGACGGGCAGCGCAGAGCUGAGUGCCAGUGCUGACUUCGAAAUCAGUGGCCGGACCAUCCUAGAUGCUGGUGGAAAUGCCAACGUCGAUGUGAACAGCCCACAAGUCAAGCACAAGUCAGGCUUUGGUUUGGCAGCUUCUGCUUCCGCUGUGCUUCGUCUUAGCUUGGGUCCAGAGCUGACAAUUUGGCCUAUGCCUGGGGUGCCUGUGACUUUCAACCCCAUGAUGAAUGCAGAGGUGCGAGGCCAGGCAACCAUUGAGCUUUCUCAAGGACAUACGUCUUUACUUCAAGGAGCGGCUGCAGAGCGUGCCAGCCACAGGCAUUGCACGGUGUUCGAGAAAUGGCGCUUGAAGUGGUUGGGAAGCCACGUGGAGAUGCCUUUGGGUUCCACUCCUUACGGUGCAAACGUUGGCUCCUGGGAGAACUGCUUGAACCUAUGCGAGACGACGGAGGGCUGUCAUCAAGUGGUGUACAGUGGUGGACAUUGUCACGGCAUGAGUGAGGCAUCGGAUGAAGACCAAGAUGGCCUCGGUGGUGAGAAUGAGAAUUACAUGUCGGCACAGUGCACCACGGUGAACACCAUUGAGAUGUGCGCAGCGGCUGCUCUCAACCUCUACACAGAUGUUGAAAUUCAAGGCUUUGCCUUUCCAAAGGGGCUGAAAGUUUCCUUGGACAGCAGCUGGUUGGAGGACGCAAUUUCUUCUGCCAUCAUUGAGGGCGCAAGGGCAAUGGUCAACAUGAUGCUGGGCCCUGUCGGCUGCAUCCCCGGUGUCAGCGAUACCAUGGAUGUGGUGAUGACGGCUGCUGAGGCAGCAUCCGGACUGGUGAAAGCUUUAAUUCCAGAUCUCUCUUUGGAUUUCUCCACGCCAAGCAUGGUACUGCUUUCGCCUAAGAAGCUCUUCUGCAUUGAAGCCGUCACGACGCCGGGCUUCAGCGUGGCCCCAUGCAGCGCGGAGCUGGGCUGCAGCCAUGCGGGACGCGGAGUGCCCACAUCGCCUGAGGUGGAGACUCUUUCUACCGGGAACGAGGAGUCUCCAGCAGCACUUCUGGAGCCAAAGAUGUCAGCUCUACAGCAAGGGAAAGAAAGACGCUGCAUCGUGUUUGAGCAUUGGCGCCUGAAGUGGUUGGGAAGCCACGUGGAGAUGCCUUUGGGUUCCACUCCUUACGGUGCAAACGUUGGCUCCUGGGAGAACUGUUUGAACCUAUGCGAGACGACGGAGGGCUGUCAUCAAGUGGUGUACAGUGGUGGACAUUGUUACGGCAUGAGUGAGGCAUCGGAUGAAGACCAAGAUGGCCUGGGUGGUCACAACAUGCAUUUCACCUCGGCUCAUUGUGCAGAAGAAAGUCGAAGAUGUGAGACAUUCGUGAACUGGCGAAUGGCCGUGGUACCUCAUUCGGAAAUCAGCCUGGGCACUUUGCCAUAUGGUGAAUUCAGUGGUGGUUGGUUCCGUUGCCUGGAGCUGUGCAAGACAACACCCGCAUGCAAACAGGUGACCUACAGCGCCGAAGGUCGCUGCUAUGGCAUGAGUGAACGUACUCACGUUGACGGAAAUGGUUUAGGCGGCCACAACUUCGGCUUCACAACGGGUCAUUGCUUUGGAGAGAUUCGCUCAGGUGUCGUAAUGCAAACGCUCCCUGGUUGCCCAAAUAUGCCAAUGGGCGAUCGCUUCUUGGAUAUUGGGCCUUGGCGUUUGGCGGCCUUUGAUCAAAACCACCUUUCCUUUGCCCACAAGACUGUGCAGCGUGCCAUCACUUUCCGCCACGAUGGAGCUAUUUUGCACCAGCGCACAGACCUCUUGGCUUUCAAUCGGCCAGUGACCCCGCCAAAGGGCAUCAAAUUUGGUUUCCAAUUCAUUCAAAUUGGUGAGUUUCGCUUGGGGGCUGUCAAUGACAAUUACUUUUCCAUCCAGCAUUCAAGUGGAAACACCAUCCAAGUCUUCAGCUCAGAUGGCACCACAUACAGUGGCCCGCGCACAGACUAUGAGACGUUUGAUCGUCCUGAGAUGGCAGCUGUGGGCAUUGACUUUGGUGCGGAAUUCUUGCAAAUUGGACGAUUCCGUUUGGCCGUCACUCAAGGCCACUUGGUGCUCUCGCACGAGGGUGGCUGGACGAGCCAGGUGUGGAACUCCGAUGGGGCAGCGCAUCCAGGUGCCCUCCAUUGGACCCCAGCUGUAAUGAGCCUCCCAAAGCCUUCCUGGACUUGUAAAGAAUUGGAGGAGUUGGCCUUUGGCGAUUGUGGCCUUUUUGGUGGCUUCGGUGACCGCUUCAUCCAGCUGGGGGAGUGGCGUGUUGCUGCCAUUGAUGAGACCCACUUGAGCUUCUCGCAUAAGGACGGGCAGACACCACAGAUCUAUCGGUCAGAUGGCGUUAUGAUCACAGGGCGACAUGAUUACAGCGCUUGGCAUCGACCGACAGGCUUCCCCUCAGGCAUUACAUUUGGCAGCCGCUUUAUCCAACUUGGCAACUUCCGUUUGGGCGAUGCAGAUGGUCAUCACUUUAGCAUCUCUCACAAGAAUGGCAUCACCAUUCAGAUCUUCCGCAGUGAUGGCACCCUACACCCUGGCCCACGCCAUGAGCUAAACCUUUGGAACACACGUACACCGGGGCCGCCUCAGGGUAUCACUUUUGGAGAUCGAUUCAUUCAGAUCGGUUUGUGGCGAUUGGGUGAUGUGGAUGGCGCUCAUUUUGUCGUCACGCAGGUGGGUGGACACACGGCGCAGACUUAUCGCAGCGACAACGCCUUGUUUCCAGGACCCAAUGAUCAUUGGAACGGCGUCUAUGACCGAUAUCCUGAAUAUCACUGUGGUUCCAUUCAGUCCAUUUUUGGACUGUGUGUUGGCAUGGCUAUUGGAGACCGCUUCAUCCAGAUAGGUGAUUGGCGCCUCACUUUUCAAUGUCCUCCAAAACUGGUCAAACACCCCGCGUUUUCCGCAGUGAUGGCACUGUGUAUGAUGGCCCUCGCACUGACUUCAAUGCAUGGGACCGCGAGACCAAAUACCUCCAAUCACCUCAGGUUGCCUUUGGUGACCGCUUCAUCCAGUUGGGGCAAUGGCGUUUUGGUGCCAUCGACGAGGAUCAUUUGAGCCUCUCACAUCAGAAUGGCGUGACCGUCAUGCUUUACAAGUCAGAUGGCCACUCCAUUCUGAAUCCGUCCGGGAACUUCUCCACUUGGAGCCGUCCGAUUUCCUCAAUUGGGGUGGGCUUUGGAGACCGAAGGACGCCUUUCUGACACCAUCAGCCGACACCCGAAUUCCGGUUCUUCCCACAAGCAAUGAACAGAUUUCAAAGCGGGAAAUGUGACUCAGAUAAGUGUCGGCAUUACACCCGACACCUAUAUAAGCGAUGUGAAGCUUCGUAGCUGAAAGAGGACCAAGACAUGCAAAGACUCCAGUUACACAGAUCGAGGACAUCACGACUGCCAUUUUGCACUGCAUACCUAUAGUCCAAAGUUCAUGUGAAGGAAGUCGUGAGGACUGGGUAUACUUUGGUUGGAUCAUGCUUGAUGAAUCGACUGAUCAUGUAUCCACUGCCUGGAAAGUAAAGGGGUCCGCACAAGCAGAAGCUUGUCCUCAACCAGGAUGCGAACCUACUUGUUAUCUUGUUAGACUUGCAAAUGAGCAAUAAUGAAUCGCAGUUCCCAUAGGCUCACGAUAGUAGAAUAAAUGCAGCUUUUAAAUUGCAACUACUG